AAUUGGGAAACCAGCGGGACACGUACACGCAGUACCUAAAAUUGGAGGACCAGGAGCACUUGGGAGGCAAUUUGGAAGCCUAGUAACACCAGGAAUUGGCAGGCAUAUGGUAAACAGAGGAGGAACUAUAGGUUCGAUGAUGCCAAAGGAUGGAUUGCAUACAUUACAGAACGAGGCUACGGCACAACUAAAAGAAGUUGCAACUAAAGUGAAUAUCGCAAAACGUCGUCGUUUGCCACGAGGUCUUCAAGGACGUCAUUAUCGUCGGGAGGUCAAACACACAAUGAAUAAAGCUAUAGCUGAAAUGGCCCAAAUUGAGAAUAAAUCUCUUAGUCAACACCAGAUCGACCAAAUAGUAAACGCAUUAACUAAUAACUUCAAAACAGUCGUGGAAGACAUUUUUUCCAAAACUGUAUCCAAACUGACAUCCAAAGUACCUCUUACUGGUAUGGCAGCAAUCAAGAAAUAUAUAGGCGCGUUCUUUAUGCUGGAAUUGAUAAAAGAUUUAUUAUUCGGUGGCAUUGGUGAGGUUGUUGGGGUUGCUAAGCUUAUUUCUGUUCUUACUGAAGAUAUUAAGGUUAUCGAUAAUAAGGAUCGAUAUCGACAAGUGCUUUAUGAUUGUGUGUCACCUUUUGACCUACCUAACCCUGAAGACAAUUGGGUCGAUAACCAUUAUGUGCAUGAACAAGACGGAGAUGAUGAUGAUGAAGACGUAGAAGAAGGAGAUUUGGAAACACUGGUUACUUUAAACAAUCACGAGAUCUCUGUUGACAAAAUUACUUCUUUAAUAAACGCGAUUAUUGCGAAAAUUAAAGAAGGAAUUAAAGGAAAUUGGAAUGAAAUCCAAAAAUCCAAAUUAAUUCAAACACUUGAAAAAGAGGGAUUCUUCAAAGGAAAGAAAACUCUUGCAGAAAUAAUCAAAGAAGAAGACCAAAUAAGAAUUUAUAAAGAAAAUGGCUGCGAAAAGGUUCUCAAUGAAGCAACGGAAAUUUGCGAACGCAUUUCGAUUGAAGUUGAAUUUGAUCAUCAAAAACGUCGAGCGGCUAGAACAACUGUUACAAAUGCAGAGGAAUUUGAAACAAAAGUUUUCUUACCAAUCAUUGAAUCCGCAACUGAUUCAGUCACUGAUCGUUUCAAAGCACUAAAGCAACACAGCGAAUUAUUCUCGUUUCUUUAUGAUUUUGAAAACUAUGAAGCAAACCGAAACAACGGUAGUUUACAGAAAUCAUGCAAGAAACUAGAAAUUGCUUUAACUCAUGAUGGAAAAUCCGAUAUCGAUGGUGGCGAUUUAUUUGUAGAACUUUCAUUGGUUUCAAGUUUGGUUAAUCAGGAUAAUAUUAUUCACGCAAUCGAUAUACUGAAUUCAGAAGCGAAAAAUGGAAAACUUAGUUCCAAAUGCUGUUAUUGCGCUUCGCAUUCUGCUGACGAUCCCAGUUUCUGUUUCAACGGGAGAGCGAUCGUUUUCAAAGCUAAAGUUAACUAA